AUGUAUGCUGGUGCUAGUCUGGAACAUGUCGUCCAAUGUCGACCCCGGUCGUUGGCUCUGAAGAUGGACAUGUAUGAUUUGGCGAGGAACAUUCAUGGACCGUUGGUCCCUGCUGCUCAGUCCCACGGCGAGCUUGGUGGCAGUGACGCCAACGAAGAGGUUCAAAAUGACGGUAGAGAGCCGCUUGUGAUUUAUCUAAUGACACGGCUGCCUGGCAUCACCCAGCUGGAUUUUGCGCUCUCUCGCGAUGUUUCACAAGACUCCCCCGAGUUCUUUCCGUUCCGUCAAAAUCUAUUCACCGAUCUUGCCAGUUUCUUUGCUCGAUCCUGGCUGGCACCGCAGCCCGUCUCCUCCGAAUACCGGGAAAAUCUCAAAGCAGAGUACGGCCGAGAUCUAAACCGGCUCCUCAACAAUCUCCCAGAUCAGUUUAAGCCCCAUGUAGAGACUUGUCUGGCUUCUCUUGACGACAUCAUGUCCCUCCCUAUGGUCCUUUCGCAUGGGGACUUGUGUGUCAGCAAUGUGCUGGUGGAUGAAGCUUCUUGCCAUCUGAAAGGAGUUGUUGACUGGGCAGGAGCCACGGUACGCCCCUUUGGCCUCGACUUGCAUUUCCUUCAGAGAUUUGCUGGCGCAAUGCACCUGAGCAACGGCUGGUCAAGAUACCCCGACUACGACGCCGUUGAAGAGACCUUUUGGGCAGCAUUUACGCGCCAAGUUGGUAGUCUUGGUGAUCAAACGAUUCGCAACAUCAAGAGAGCGCGAGUGCUGGGAGUCUUGCUGUCGCAUGGUUUCACCAGUCGGCUGGCCAAUCAGCCUGAACCUGUUGUCCUCAAGGACGACGAUUAUGGCCGCUACCAAAUGAUGUAUCUUGAUGGCUAUCUUAUUAACCCGGCUACUCGCCUUGAUGGUACUCGUCACGAAGCUGCCCCACCAACAAACAGUGCUGCAUCCGUCCGCGAUGACGCUCGUUUCUCGCGUUGCUCUCGACGGCGGACUUUGACCAUCACAGUCGAAUUAGAGACAACUACCACCAUGACGCAGCUGACGGGGCUGCCUGCCGAGCUUUUACAUCAAAUCUUCAGCUGGCUGGACCCGCGGGACCUGGGAGCCCUACCCCGCGUCUGCCAGGUGCUCAACAACCAUGUCAAGGGCAACUGGAAGCUGUGCCAGGAUGUAUACCUGAACCACUUGACUGGGAGCAAGCCUUGCACGACUUUCAUCGGACAAGGUACAAAAGGCCUCGAUCUCCCGGAAAAAUGUAAAGAUUGGUCAUGGGAAUCAGAGCUGCCAUUUGUGCACAAGACGGUAACGGACCUCCUCGACCGCGCCUCGUCUCGCGGGUACACCAACGACAACUCCAACACGCACAGCGCCUCGCGCAACGCCGACUUUUUGCGGCAGCUCUUUGGCAGCAGCGACUCGACGCGGGCCGCCUUUCUCGAGCGCUCUUUUUUGUUUGAGCGCGUGCGCUGCGAGCGGCCGCUCGCGUUUCCGCGCAGCGGCAAUAACGACGCCGGAGCCGCCGCCGCCGCCGCCGCCGCCGCCGAGACGCACCAGCGCAGCGCGCGGCUGCACUGCCUCUAUGGCGCGCCCAUCCUCAACGUCGGCCGUCUUCGCUCCACGCGCACGUAUCCGUUUGCCUGCUCGACCGUGUACGACAUGCGCGGCCACACGGAGCGCACCGGCUGGGGGCCCUUUCGCGACGACGGCUCUGGCAAGGUAGACUGGGAAAAGGUCGAGGCCGUCAUGGUGGUGCUGGGGUACAACAUCCAGUCGAAGCGCUUCGUGUCCAAGCUGUUUAGUGACGUGUGGAACACGCCGUUUUCGGGGUCGUGGUCGCAGAGUUUUAUGCAGACGCCGGCCCUGUCCCCGGCGCAUGAGCCAUCGUCGCUGGAGCUGAGCGAUCCAUAUGGCGUCACGGGCACAUGGUAUCGGGUGGUAUGUUUUCUCGACUACAAUGAUUUCUUUAAUUACAACUUUCCCAUGGGGGACCCGUUUCCUGAGAAUCUGCCGCGACCGGGUAUCAGCGUAGGCGAGGCCACGCGACUCAUCAUUUUGAAACUGCACAUUACACGCAUAGAACCCCCGGGUCCCGAAGACGGACAGGCCCUUCCCGUCGUGCAUUUUGCCGGCGAUUCGCGGCUCUUGGACGACGGCUGGGAUGCCAACGGGGCGUCCGAACUCAAGGGCACUGUCCGCUUGACAAAAGAAGGCGAGGUGCGCUGGACAUCAACGUCCAUCUACAACGGCGAAGAGCGGUGGAAGAGCGAAGGGAUUCAGGUCGGCGGUGUCCGGUCGGCGCGCGGCGUGCUGGGCUUUUGGUUCGACAGCGAGUACGACGCGCAUGGACCCGUGGGCCCCACGGCCAUCUGGAAGGCGAGCGACUCGGAGGCGCCGUACGGCAAGAUUGCGGACAUUCUGCCGACGGGGUUCCUGGCGUACAGCGCACUGGUGUCGGUGGAGGAUUCGGACCCCGAGGGCGAGAUGGACUACACGGCCGACGAGGAGGACGAAGAGGAGGAGGAAAUGGAGAUUGACGUUGAUUUGCUGCGGGGAGAGCUGCCGGCGCUGCUGCUAGAUGCGAAUAUGGAGAUUUUGACGGCACCUCCGGCGGAGGAUGAUAUCAACGAUUAA